AUGCCCUUCUUCAUGAAGCAGGCCUCCCUGGCCUGGAUAUUUCUUUGCUCUGCGCAUCCAUCUCUUGCCUUUUUCAAAGUGCCUUGCAGCACGCCCCUGGUUAUUCAACGAGCAGACCCAAUCGUUCAACCCGGCGUCGCCUCUAACCAUGUCCACACAAUCAUGGGUGGAUCCGGCUUUGGAUUCACCAUGGACUACAACAUGACCCAGACAUCGCAGUGCAACUCCUGCUCAGCAAUUGAAGACAAGUCAAACUACUGGAUUGCCGCGUUGUACUAUCACGCCCAGAACGGAAGCUUUCAUCAAGUGCCACAGAAUGGGGGUGCUCUCAUCUACUACGAACAGAGACCUGACCCAAGUACUAAUGGCGCGAUUGUCGCACCACCAGCCGGGUUCCGCAUGAUCGCUGGGAGUCCUUUCGAUCGCAGCGAUAAAGGAACAAUUGAGACUCACGCUCGAAGCUUUGCCUGUCUGAACUAUGAUGCCCCGGGUACUCCGCAGACGCACACCUUCCCAACAACCAAUUGCCCCAAUGGCCUGCGUGCCCAGGUUUAUUUCCCUUCGUGCUGGGACGGCGUCAACCUGGAUAGUUCUGACCACAAGGCCCAUGUGGCCUAUCCUACUCAGGACUACGACAACGGCCCUUGUCCUGCAACUCAUCCCGUUCGAAUUAUCUCGAUCUUUAUCGAGGUCACUUGGCAUACUGAGCAGUUUGGCGACAUGUGGUAUGGUGACCAACAGCCAUUUGUGUUUUCCUUUGGUGAUCCCACUGGCUAUGGAUUACAUGGAGACUUCCUUAAUGGCUGGGACAUCGACGUUCUCCAGGAUGCGAUCAACACUUGCAACGACGGAGGCGGUGAUAUCACACAGUGCGAGCCUAUCACCCUCCAGCCAGACUCGAUCACAGACGGCUGCAUCCUCGAGCGCUCAAUCGAUGAGCAGGUUGACGGAUGGCUCGAUGCACUCCCCGGAUGUAACCCCAUCCAGCCAGGCCCAGACGAUGCUCAUGUUGUGACGGGAUGCGAUGCGCCUACCGAGGUUGGUCAACCUCUGCAUUACUACACCGAUCUCACUGGAGAUCAUCAAUGGGAAUGGAUUGGAUGCACUCAGGAUAAUGUCGGUGGUGUGCGUAUCCUGACUGGUUCUUAUGGCGAUAUCUCUGACAUGACUCCGGCCAAAUGCGUUGAAAAAUGCAUUGCUGAUGGUUAUACCAUCGCUGGCGUGGAGAAUCAGAAUCAGUGCUUCUGUGGUAACAGCGUUGCCGCGGAUAAUAUGCCCAAGGUUACUCCUAUGGGCAAUUGUCUGAUGACAUGCGCUGGUGACCCUCUCCAGAACUGUGGCGGGUACGGGUUUAUCGGUCUGUAUCAGAAGUGUGACGGCAGUUGCAGUAAUCUUCAGUACCCUGUGGUGCCUCAUUAG